AACCAGCCACCACAGCUGCUUUCUUCCUGCUCUCACGAACUCAAUUACCCCUACUUCUCCCACUGCUGCGAAGGCUGUGCGCUGAUACCGCAUGAUAAGCGUAUACCCUUCAUAAAGGACUCUCGAAUGAUGCCCGCUCUCACCACUGCUGUCGCCGUCCUCAAGCAUGCCAGCCGAGGGGAACCUCCCGAGCCUCACACAGCAAGAGUCGCGCCGAGCAUUUGACAACGAUGAAGACCUAGAUGCACCUUUUAUGACCGUCGACCCCUGGCGCGGACGCUGGGGUCGGCGCCUAAACGACGCCACAGUCGACGUCGAAGCUGGGCCUUCAGCGAGCCAGAUACUGGCGCAGGCGCCUUUUGGACGAUAUAAGCCAGAUGCAGUGCCUCGUGUACCGCAGGUGGUACCCGAAGAUGUCUCACUGUCUCCUUCCUCGACGGAGCUCGACCUCGAGGUGGACGUUAGAAGACGCAAACUCCGAAGCAGAGGGAGAACGGAAUCCAUCAUACAGCCAGCAGCAGGGCCCUAUCACGAUGCGGCUGGAUACGGUACACCAGUGCCUCCUUCUGCGCACGUUCCAUAUGGUCUCGAUGAUGGUUCACCAUCACCCUUUCGUCCGCCCUCUGACACCAUUCUCUGGCCGCCAUCUACUUAUACACCAUCUAUCCGCUUACCACCGAAUCAUCUUCCGUCCGCUCGAACGUCGCCCCCUCCUUCGCCAUCCCCAGGACUGUUAUUCACUCGACCGCCAUCCCCUGAACCACCGUCUACUCGUCCGCCGUCCAUUCGAUCUUCGACGCUCUCGCAUGGCCCCCAUGGCCGCACUUUAUCGAGCUUGGACAAAGCAGAGUCCGAGCAUUCGCCUCGGUCACUCACGUCGCUCGAUUUUCAAUGGAUGGGGCCCUUUCAUUCACGCCCUGAGUCGGUCGUGGAACCUGGAGGCGCAUCUAUGAGGAUUCCUGCGCCCAUCCCGAAGGCACCACCCGCCCCCAUCACCCCUCCUCCCAUUCAUAUCUCAGUCAAUGCCAAUGAUUCAGCCGAGCUCCACAGUCCUCCACGACCGUUCACGGCCAUCGUGAGCAGGUUUGCUGCCUUUACCACUUUCAUAUGGCAGGUCGUACCGACCACCCUCUACCUCUGCGCGCUCUUCCGCCUGCCCGCGCUGUACUUCUCGCGUGUGGCGCGCGUCUUCGAGAACGCGGACCUCUGCAGGCGGGAUAUCAUCCGCAUGGCUGUCGCGCGCGCCACGCAGUGGGAAAAGGCGCUCGGUGGGAGGGAUGCCUAUGGCGGAACUCGAGAUCACGCCCGUGGUGGUAUUCACAAGGACGCCAGCGGUGGAUUCAGGGACUAUGCUUACGGCUACCAGUUCCACGAGCCGCAGGGUUACGAGCUGUCCUUCCCUUUGCUUCAGUUCAAGAAAACCUGGGAGCAGUUCGUGGACAAUCUACUGCAUGAGUGGAAGGUCUUGAAUGUUAUAUCGGCGCUGUUGACGUCAUCGACGCCGCUGCGGCGGACCCAAUCGUGCGAACGGCAGCGCUGCUGGCACUGGUGUGCACGUUGAUGUCUCUGCUAUACGGGUGUCUAUACACCGUCCGCUUCGGCUCCAUGAAGGCGAUGUACAAGGCUUCCGAAUGGGCCUUGGAAGCUCAGAGAACGACGACGAAUAGAU